AUUAUUCUUGAUGACUAUGGUGUAUUGAAUGCUAAUUAUUGUAAUUGCGUGAUCCUUUUGUGAAAAUGUGUCUUUGAUGAUAAGUGUCCUCUGGGGGUAGGAAAUUAUUAGGAUGAUGAAAAUGAGGUCUCGAUGACAUACUGUACCAUACUUGUUGGUAAAUUUUAUGUAACCUGAUUAUAUACACAUUUGUGUGUAUAGGUACAUUCUUUUUCUUAUUAUGAUUAUGAGACUUGCAUGACAAUAUUGUGUAGACGUAUUUUAGCAAGUAACUGUUGCUUGGAGCGAGAAGAUUUUGAGAUUGGUUAUGUUAUUGGGUAUGAAGAUUUAGUAUUGUCAGUUGUUUAUGAUAUGACACAGAUGGCCAAUACAAGCCUUGAAAUGAUUGCAGAAACUUAUUUCUUGCUGCAACAGAAUCUACCAAACUAUUGCAUUUUUCAGCUAAUGGUAUUCAACAAGCAUAUAAUAGGAUUGUAUUUUGGUAUGCUUCAUUUGAACGAUAUAUUUUUUAUUCAGGGUAUUAGGGUUUUGAGUGUGAGAAACAAGUUAGCAUUUUUCUUGUUGAAGAUUUUUCAGUGGUUAUUGCACUAAAAAAAAAAUACUCUGUGUCCCUAAUUUGGAUCGAAUGUAACCUUGGUGAAACUUUUAUCCAUUCUUGUGAAUCUUUAUUCAAACGUUCAUCCUUUGAUUAAUGAAUUACAGUACAUUCUUUUUUAAUACCGUUUUUGUUGUUGUCGAAUACUGAUGUGCUAGAAAUAGCACCAAGUUCUAAUUCCUCUUCUUAAAACAAGUCUUCUUUAAACAAACCUGAAGCCUCCUAAUUAAAGUAUUACGGAACAGACAAAUUCAAUAGAGCUGGAAACAACAACUUGUGAAAUGAACUGUCCUCUGAGAACUUUGCGAUAAUCACCCUAAUUCUGAUGUCUGACAAAAAAAGUCUGGGCUUAAUCUUUUUAAAACUAAUUUCUAACAGAAGUGCAUUGUUUAAGGCAAGUGGGUAAUUCUUUUUAAAAACUCUCCUGAUGAUGCUAGUUGGUACACGCCGUGAUAAUGUUGAGUUUGAAUGCAACAGGUGGCAUCAGGUGUCUACAGGAACUUUGCUCUCGGAGAAGAUUAAUGAUGAUUUCAUUAAUAAUGACUCCAUUUAUUAAAUGAACUGUAUGUACCUGAUUUAAAAUUUUAUUUGGAGGCACAAAGUAAAAAAAGGCAUAUUUUCUAAACAUCAUCAGACAGAAAUAAAAUAUAUUCAAAUAUGUAAACCUACAGUCAAAAAAGAAUUUGAGUUUAUCAAAUGAUGACUUUUGUCAUGUUGAUUGACAAUAGACAUUCUUUCCACAUUGCUUGGAUAUUUGUACGUGUAGUAUUCAAUCCAACCAUUUGCCUGUUUCACAUUGCAGAUACUGUUCAGACUAAAGGAGCGGUGGGGUGGGACUGAAUUGGUUUUAAUUCAAUCUAUGAAAGAGCUAGAGACGAAGAAAAGGGAAGCAGAGAGUCGCGCUGACUCGGCAGAACUAAAGCUUCAUGCGAUGGAGCAGCAGCUAGCAGCUAUAAACUGGCAGCCAGAGCUUGCAGAGAACCGAGACACAGUGGUGGAGGAGUUAGAAAGGAAGUGUCAGGCCCAGGCCACCACCAUCCGGUCACUGCAGAGACAGCUGGACGACCAGCAGAAAGAGCACAUUUUACAAAGACAACAAGAUGCUCGGGCUGUGGAGGAAAAAGCUGGCAGGAUCAAGGACUGGGUGACCUCUAAGAUACAACAGAUGGACAGUCAGAACAAAGAACUGGUGCAUGAGAAUGAACUUCUACAGGAACAAGUUGAUAUUCUCAGAGAGAGGCUGCAGGCACUUCCUGCUCUGGCAUCCAAGGAAAUCUUCCGACUAAGCCAACAGGAAAUGUAUGCUGGCCAUACCUCAGAGGCAGAAUCUUCUUGUGUAUCACCAGAGUCUCAGCCUCCUUCUGAAUUUGCCAGCAUUUCUCAUCUCCUUGGCUCGCGACCUGUGUCAGAGUCAAGUUCAAGGCCAUAUUCCCGUCCAGUGUCAGAGGUCAGUCCUAUCCGGAGACAUUCAGAUUCCUCAUGGACCGAGUCAGUCAAAAAAGUCCUCAGAGCCCAAAGUCUGUCAUUGCCUCCCACAACAGCUGAGCAGGAUCAGGAAGCAGCAGACUAUGCCGAGUCAGACUCAAUGUCAAUGUCCAGUUCAAGGUCAGCGUCCAUGGCAUCAGAUGAACCUCCGGAGAUUCCAAAGAGACCCUCAAAGUCCUUAGUGGAAACUCUGAAGAUGGAAGACAUAUCUGAUGAUGACAAUAACAAUGAUACAUUUAGCAUUACUCCACCCUCUGACGACGGUGUACAAGAAAUCACGGCCAAUGUCUCGGACAGUGAUGACAGUAUGGUGGAUAUUGAAAACGUACCCAUAUACCAGGAAGUGGACCAGAAUCAUGAGAGUACAUAUGAACCGAAGAAAACUGCCCCACCCCAAAUCAAAAUAGAGAGAAAGGUGUUCCAUGAUUCUCGUUUGAUGGAUUCUCUAAUUAGUUCCAGUAAUGGUAGUGAGGAACUAAUAAGUCAUGCUAAACUAAAAAUCUCAGAAGAUAUCAUAUCAUUAGAAGUAGAUAAAAACGGGGUGGAAAUUGAAGAAGAAAUAAUAUCAGUAACCGUAGAACCGGAGUAUGCAGAGGUCUGUAAAAGUAGUAGGACAACAAAGAUCUCCCCAGGAUUACCUCAAGUUAAAAAAAGCCCUCAGCACAGCGCCUACAAAAGUAGUCCGAAUGCUGUUAGUGCCAUAGCCACCCUACCUCGAGUACGAUCCAAGGACCGCAGCAAGCCCGAGAUCUUGUACAGCAGUGGACACAUGUCAAAUCUUUCUCAGGAACACCAACCUCUUCCAGUGUUAAGGCCAUCCAUAAUAAGCCCAACCAGAAAUGGAGCCAUGAAAACUACAAGAGCAGAAAAUUGGGACAGAAGAGCACACACAGUGCCAAGAAAAUUAAAAUCUUCAGAUGGUACAGAUGCAGCAGAAUUCUCUGAAGUUGCCAAGCUUUACAAGGAGCUAGAUGUCCCAGUGUAUGCAACGUUAAAAGGAAAGGCAGCACAAAUCCGUAGUACCCCAUUUACUGACGAUGAUUCUGAGUCAUCAGACAACGAGGAUGGAGGUAUUACUGACCAAUCAGAUCUCAGGAACUCAGAAUCCCAGCCUUCCACACUGAAACUAUCCGACUCCAAGAAACUACAGCAAAGCAGCUCAGGGGCCAUCAAGAGAGGUGUGUCCUGUCCCUCAGUAUCCUCAGAGGUUUCCUGUGAUUAUGCUGACCCUCCAGAUGAAACAUCAGACAAAAGUGAUCUGGAGAGUUUGGAACCAGAGAAGAAGUUGCUCCGUUAUGCCACAGAUAACCAUAAACUGGACACUUUAGAAAAGUUUGGCUACCUAUCAAAACUAGGUGGAAAAGUCAAGAUGUGGAAGAGAAGGUGGUUUGUUCUUAGAAAUGGUGAACUAUUCUACUACAAAUCACAGCAUGAUGUAUUACGCAAACCUCAGGGAACAAUUUCUUUGGAUGACCAGACUAGGAUAGACAAUACAAAAGGAGAAACUACUUUCCAGGUCAGCAAUUCCAAGAAGACAUACUACUUCAAUGCAGAUUCUUUAGCUGACACAGAAAAAUGGAUAAAAAUGUUACAAAAAGUCCUGAAGCGACAUGCAACUGGGUUUAUCCUGGACCAGCUUGACACUAAAGCAGUGUUCAGAGGGUGGCUGAUCAAGGUGAGGCAUGGUAUAACAAGACGGUGCUGGUGUGUUCUCCUGGGGAGAUAUUUCCUGUAUUAUAGAAACAAAACGGACAAGACCCCUUUCGGUCAGAUCCACUUGCGGGAUGCAAGGAUAGAGGACGUAGACAGUAGCGACGAUUCUGACGACGAGGCGGACGGCGAGGUCCUCGGUCAGUUCACCAUUGCCAUCUGGCCACCAUUCCAUGGACCCACCUACCUCAGGCUGCCCAGCAAACACGAAAAGGAUUCCUGGCUCUAUCAUCUGACUGUGGCUGCAGGUGGAGGGACAGGCAAUGUUGGGACAGAGUAUGAACAGCUCAUUGCAAAGGUCAUGGAGGCCAAUGGUGAUCCCAACUCUUUAUACUGGAAGCAUCCCAUGAUGCUCCACACCAAAGAACCUCUAACGAAACCUCUCACAACACUUCCCUCGGAAGAUCUGCAAGAAAGAGCUCUGGAUCUAUCAAGGGACAUCAAUGACUUUAUGUACACCCAGAUUGAUUCCUCUCGACUGGAGAUCCACGUGGAGCUGGCUCAGGCCUUGUUUCACACCUGUCUACAGUUCCCAGAACUACAGAAUGAGUUUUAUUGUCAGAUGAUCAAACAACUGUCUCCUCAUCCUGUCACCCACAAAACAGCGGUACAAAACCUGCUGCUGUGUGGUAAACAUUCCUGGUACCUGUGCCACACCACUCCUACCUCCCCCACAAACUCGGUGUCGGACCUGACUGAGGGCAAGCUGAACCCCAUCACCACCGUGUUCCUCCAGGGCUGGCAGCUCCUGUCCCUCGCCUCCUCACUGUUCCUCCCCAAGCAGUCCAUCAUGUGGCACCUCAAGGUUCACCUCCAGAGAAAUGCAGACCCAAGGCAUGACAUGGGGAAGUAUGCCAUUUUCUGCCAAAGAGCAUUAGAGAGAACAAUCCUGAAAGGAAAUCGAGAUGCCAGACCGUCUCGUAUGGAAAUAAUGUCCAUCUUGUUACGCCAUCCCUAUCACCACUCCCAGCCAAUCAGCAUCCCUGUCCACCUCAUGAACAACACCUAUCAGGUGAUAAGUUUUGAUGGGUCUACCACUGUGGAGGAGUUCACACAGUGCAUCAAUAAAACCAUCAACAUUCGUGAUUCCAAGUACUCAGGAUUUUCUCUCUUUUCUGAUCACCCAGUCAACACAGAUGUAGAGCAGUGCCUACAGUUACAUGUCAAGAUUUGUGAUGUUAUUUCGAGAUGGGAAAAAUCUUAUCAAGAUUUUCACUCAGGGAAACUAGAUAGCAACAAGACAAUACGCUUUCUGUACAAAAACAGGUUGUACUUCAAAAGCUUAAGUGCAUCAGAGACAGAGAAGGAAAAAUUACUCUUAGCAUAUCAAAUCAAUGAGGAAAUUAUUUAUGGAAGAUUUCCACUGAACAAGGACUUGGCUCUUGAACUAGCAUCUCUCCUAGCUCAGGUAGAGUUUGGGGACCUCCGUGCCCCCAGCGAGUCCAGUCAGGCCAGCAGCAGCAGCUCCUCUCCAUUCCACAGUAACAUCACCAACCAGCUCUCCUCAGUCAUAGAUAAGUUCUAUCCCAGGAAAUACACAGAUGCUGAGGAGACUGAGCAGAGAGCUGUGGUGAUGAAACUGUUGGAGAGGUGGACCUCCCUCCGAGGUCGUACUAUACAGGACUGUGUCCGCGUGUACCUAGCUGUGGUCAGGAAGUGGCCAUUCUGUGGAGCCAAGCUAUACAUGGCAAAGAGUCGGGGUUCCAUCAGUCCGGAGGAUGUGUGGAUCGCCGUACAGGAGGACGGAAUCUCUGUACUGGAGCAUGCAACCAUGCAACCCCUGAACACCUACGACUACCGCUCGGUGAUCACAUUCGGCGGAUGGAAGGAGGACUUUAUGCUGGUGGUCAGCCAGCUGUUUGAGUCGGCUCCACAUCACUACGAACACAGAACAGAGAAACUUCUGUUUGUCAUGUCAAAGUUCAAGAUCUUGGAUUUGACAUUAUUGAUUGCAAGCUACAUCAAUGCCCGUGUUCAGAGACCUUCACAAGAUACCAGUCCAGACAUCUGAGGUCAAAGUUCAAGGUCAUUAAGACCUAUCGUAUAACUUAAGUACUUCAAUAACUUUCUGUCAUAGAUUUUUUAAAUUGAUACAUUGUUCACUUAUUCACAGUGCAAUGAAAUGUGUUCAUGUAGUUUUGAAGUUAACUAUCCAAGCUAAUACUGUUAUCAAAUACUCAGGUAUAUUUACAACCAAAUGUUCAUUUUUUUUUUACUUUAUUGUUGCAAUACUUUGUGAACUUAUGAAAAUGGAGUGCAUUUUAGUUUGUUAAUAGAUUUUUUUUUUCUUUGAAAGAAGAAACCUUUCCUUCAUUACAAGUGUUACAGUAAAUGUUAUAUUUUAUAUUGGACAUAAACAAUACUCUUGUCUAACCUACCAGUUCAUUUGAAGUUAAGUAUCCAGAGCUGUCAUUCUGUAUUGAAUUCAUGUUGUACAUUCCAGCAAAACACUGUUCCUUUAAAGAUUCUUGAUUUUAAAAUCAGAUAAACUUCUUGUAUUUUAGAUGUAGAACAUUUAAAAACAUUGUGCACCAUAUAAAUCAUUAAUGAACAAUAUGAUGCUAAUUAGAAUAGAAAAUUUAUACAUUGAAUAGAUUA